AUGGUCCAACAAAGUUCAUGUGCUCGAAUAGCCUUUAGCGUCAUUAACUUCAGUCAAAAAACAGGCUUUGGUCCGAAUAGACUUUUCCGAAAGGGCACUCAUUUUGUAGGCACUGAACCUAACUCACUCAAGUAUCAUAUGCUUCAAGAUAAAAAACCUAGCGAAUCAUAUGGCUUACAAGGUAAUAACCAUCUUCUUCCCAAUAAAGGAAAAGUCCACAGUAAACUACCUGUAAAGGUUCAUAUGAAGAAAGAUAAAGUUUAUGCCUGGUGUUCUUGUGGCUAUAGUGGUAAUCAACCACUUUGUGACGGAUCUCAUAAUUCUAUCAGGGUUCCUGAUUUGAAGUUGAAGCCUGUGAGAUUCAUCCCAGAGGAAGAUAUGACAGUGUGGUUAUGUAAUUGUAAGCAAACUAGCAAUAGACCUUUCUGCGACGGAACUCAUAAGUCGUUAGUCGAAGAGGAUAAGAAAGCGGGUCUUUUUGAUUAG